AUGAUUUUCGAGUCCUCGGCCAACGACUCCCACGCUUCGCUGAGCAUCGGCCAGCUCGUCAAGACAUCAAAACGCGUCCUGUUUGAUAUCCUGAUGGUCCUCACCCUCGAAGACGAGCACCGCAGUCUCAUCUGGAUCAUCAUCGAGAAUCUGAUCAUGCAUCUGCAAGAUCUGGCCUUCCCGCUCUCCUUUAUUCUCUUCCCCUGGCAGACAGAGAUCCAAUGGCUCCAGGAAGCGCUCCACUACACCAACCCGCAGUUCGAGGCAUGUAUCUUCAUCCUGCCCGACGUCUUUAGCUACGCCAUCUACGCAGUCAUUACUGCCCUUGUAUUCGUCAUCCUGAUCCUCGCUGACUCGGUUGUCAAUCGCCAUCGCCGGUUCCGCUGGGUCAUGACCAUCCUCCAAUGGAUCGUCACUCUAUCGUCCAACAUCCUGCACGUCCCCAUCACCUGUGCCCUCGCCAACUCCUUCUUGAUCUGCAGCAACGUGUCCACCUCACAACUCAGCUGGGAAGUCGUGAGCAUCGCCGACUGCUGGUCAUCGCAGGCCACCACCAGCGUCGCCAAUCCCUUGCUCCGCAGUGUUCUGUCUCUCAUAUUUUUGAUCAUUUAUAUCCCCCUCCUGUUUCUCCUUCAGCUCGCCAGAUUUCACCCCUAUCCCUCCAAAAAGGAUGUCACUUGCAGGUCUCAUACGCGACUUUCGCUGCUCGAGUUUGCGGGUCGCACCGUCUUGGCCAUCGGCUCAAUGGUGCUCCUUGCCAUCAACGGCGAUAUACAGUACAAGCGAUGGAUCAUGUUGCUGGCGUGCUUCCUGUACUCCCAUGCCAUGGCUUUCCUUUAUCUCAUGUACUCGCCCUACUAUCACUUCAGCUUCGCCUGCGUCAAGGGCGGUCUUCUCUGCAGCAUGGCCUUUGCAUCCGAGCUGCUCAUCAUCACCAUGGCCCGAGGAAACUCAGACAUCGGCCUGAUCUUCCUGAUUUCCCUGCCGCUGCCCUUCAUUUUCGCCUACAUCUUUAUGAGCAACCGUCGAGCGCAGCUCCUUGCCUUUCCGCUCUCGCGUAUCAACUCUGCUUACAUGGCCGAGCUCAAGGCACGCUACAUCCUGGACACAGAAGGGCUUCUGUUUCGGCCACCUCCAAAGAUGAACACUGCCCAACGCAAGCCCAGCGGCAGCCCCGGAGAUAUCAUUGAUUCCGAGGAGGUCGUCAAGAAGAACCUGCGCUCGCAACCCAACAUUCGCGACGAGGAGCGCGACCAACGAACCCUUUCCGAUCUAUCUCAGUUCUUUGCCAACAAUCUCCAAAAGUUCCCCGAGUCCGUCGCCAUAUUUCUGUUUGCCUGUCGAUUCUACGUCCUGCAGCUGGGAAAUCGCGCCCAGUGUAUCUCGGCAUGCUCCAAAGCCACGCAACUCUCUCCAGCCAUCGACGAACAGUUCCUCAUUCAUCGAAUCAAGUUUACCCAGGACGACUCCGAAGCAGGCGGAGAAGGAGGAUUCAAUUUCAUUGCAUACGAGCAGAUCAUGGAGAAGAUCAAGCGGAAUGAAGUCAAGAUCGAGACCGUCAUCAUCGAGUUCUGGAAGGAGCUCCUGAGAAGCAAUCCGAGCGUGCGCAAGCUCACGCAGACCUCACUCAAGAUCAGCGAGCUCAUCUCCGUCAUCCAGAGCGACUACAUCAACAUCAUCAAGAAUAUGCCCAAAUCUCCGCAGCCCUACCGCCGAUACGGCGACUUUCUCAUGAACAUCAUGAACGACGAUCGGUACGGCAAAGAGAUUCUGCUCCGUGCCGAAGAGCUCGAGGAAACGAGAGCCAAAGUCGAUCGCGGCUCGGAUUCGGAAGAUGGCGAGGACGUUCCUGUCUCGGGCGAUGUCUACGAUGAAACCUAUGGAACCAUCACCAUCUCUGGCAAGCCCGAGUCCAUGGGAAUAAUCACUCAUGUCAAUGAUGCAGCCCUGCAGAUAUUGAGCUUCCGUCGACCUCAAAUGAUCGGCAAAAACGUCAACAUCAUGAUUCCCUCGCCUCUGGCUGAGGCUCACGAUGACUUGCUGAAGAAGUACAUCCAAACAGGAUACGCCAAGGUUAUCGAUCGGAAGCGCAUGGUCAUUGGGCUGAACGCCAACGGGCACCUCGUUCCCUUGACCAUCUGCGUGCGCCAUAUCAACGAUGCCGAUGGCAACAUUGCCUUCUUGGGCAUAAUCAAAGACGCUCCCAGCAAUCCAUCCAAAUGCCAGGAACUUCUCGUCCUCAACUCCAACCUCGAAAUCCGGCACGUCACGGCAGGCAUCAUCAACAUAUUUGGUAUCUGGGACGAAGACGAAACCCCCAAUAUUGCCGAGUGGAUCCCAGCCCUGACCGUGCCUAACCUGGCAAAGUUCACCGACAAGGCUGGAUACAAGGAGAAGCUGUCGUUCAAUGGACGAGAGUACGACAUGACUAUCAAGCUGGAGCAGUUGCCCAUCGGAAAGCACUACAUUUGUCGGAUCGAGUAUCCACGACUGAAUUCACAGCUCUCUGCAGUCCCCUCUAAUCUGGAGAGCAUCGUGGAUUCAGAGUCCGCCAUGCCCAUGACGUUCUCGGCCGAUGGAUCACGGGAGCUCCACGGCCCUCAGAAAAAGGACAGCUUGCGUGACUUUUCUGGGCUGCUGGUUCCGCCUCCACCAAAGUCGCUCAUGCGGACUGCAAGCGUCGGAAACAGCAGCAGUGUCGCCUCGUCCGCUGCAGGCAAUCGCACAGCGCGCAUCCGCAAGAUGAUCUUCAAGAAGAACAGGAUCAUCAAGCAGCACAUACGCAACUUGGGCAGAUAUUUUCUACUGCUGAUUCUCUUCAUAAUUGCAUGCGGCGUACUUCUGACCUGCCUGCUGCAAACCAACCUCUCCAAUGUCCUCAAUAUCUUCCAGUCGGCCAAGAGCUUCUACUUUGGGGCUCGGUCCAUGGUCAUUACGCUGAGCCAGGCUCGCUCGGUCGAUCUCUUCAUGAAGGGAGCUGCGCUCCAGCCUCCAAACUCGUCCGUAUCCCAGUCGACCAUCAUCGCAAACUUGCCCAACAUCCGAUCUGCCCAGCUGCAGAUGAUCCAGUUUGGAAACGUCAACUACACCACCCGCAUCAACGGAUCCACUUCCGUCAUCGAGUCCGUGACCUCCUACAAUGCCGUGGGGAGAUACAUCAUGUCGCUGCAGUGCGUCGCCAACAGCACGGCUGCAAACUACUUCAAUGUCUCGAACUGCAUUGCCUUGCUCCUCGAGAACUGCAUCAACAAUGUCGUUCCGACCAUUGGGCCCGCUUUUGGCGCCGGGCUGCAAACCAAUCAGAUUGGCAGCUAUCUGUUGUACGUCUCGCUGAUUCCGCCGCUGUUCCUGAUGGCGAUCUACAUAUUCAUCAUCCACCCGAGCUACUUCAGGAUCAAGAAGGACCAGGAGCGCUUUUUCCGCAUCUUCUUCAGCAUUCCCAAGGAGGUCAUCAAAGGCAUCUGCGAGGGACAUCAAGAGCGACUCACGGGUAUGACAGACGAGAUGGAGGAGGACCAGGGAGUCGAGGCGUUCAACGCCAAUGCCACCGGAGUCUCCGGCCGAAGUAACGCUGUCAAAAAUAACACCGCUGAGAGCCCCAACAUCCGCAAGCGCGAUAAGCUCCUGAAAUCCAACCAAAACUGCUGCCUUGUGGCCUGGAGGCGGUUUGAGGAGAUGCACAUCAAGUUUGACGAUAGCCACGGGCUACGACGCAAGGUCGCCCUGCUGCUUCUGCUCGUGAUCACGUUCUUCCUGGCGGUCGGUGUCGUGACGUACUUUUUCUUUGGCAUGGCCACGACUCAGUUCUCGAGGGUCGAUAUGGUCAUCCGGCGCUCUGUCUCGACCGAGGGCGUAUACUUUGUCCUGAGGGAGUACUACCUGAACGCCACACCAGUCAUGAAUCCUCAUACCUUGAACCGCCAAGACCUCUACGGAUAUUCAUGGAGCAACACCAGCAAUAACUUUAUCAAUCUGCUCGGCACAAUCGAAAUGACCCUGGCCUAUGGCUCCGGCACCUCGGCCACCUUUGGUUCGACCACCAGCAACGAAUACGCCGUCUCGAUGGUCAACGGAUGCAUCAAUAGUACUUCGCCCUCGGACUGCGCAACCUUUGACUCGGGCGUGAUCGCCUCGGGGCUCCAUCCGGCAAUCCUCCGAUUCCUCGACAUUGCCCAGAACGUUUCCAACUGGAUCCAGAGCAGCCCCAACUCAUCCGGCAUCAUCACCCAACUCAAGCUGCUGCGCAAGUACAAUGACAUGUAUCUGCCGCCGGCAUGCGACAAUAUCCUCAGCAGCUCGGUCGAUCCUAUAACCAACUGGAUCGGCUGGUUGUUGGUCUUUUACGAGACCUUCUCGGCCAUCACCGGAAUCUUCCUCAUCGUCACCCAUUUCGGAAUUAUGUAUCCGCUCCUGCAGCGAUUGUCCUUCGACAUCCAGCGUGCGCACACGAUGAUGUUCAUGAUCCCGGAGGAGGCGCUCGACAAAAUGGACAUGAUCAAGGAGUGGGCAGAGGGCAUAUCCUCUUGAUGGCGCGCCAAAGCUUUGAUAGACCACGGAGCUUGCUGUGGCAUUUACAGCGUUUCCAAAAUGAAAUGGGACACCCCCGUUUUGAGCUUUGACUGUGUUGUUUUCUGGAACC